AUGGGCCCAAGCACAGGUCCUCUACCUGCUUCGUCCACGCCGAGAAUGACGGGCUCAUUGGGCGCUGCAAGCACGGCCCGCGGCACCGGCGAACAGUACGUGUUCGUCGCACUGCUCACUGGCAACGGCACCGACGGCAACCGCAGAUUCUCAAACAAACUGGUCUCAUCCAUACGCGUCACCCAAAAUUUAAGAUAUUUUUUUAAGACUUGGUGCUCUUUUGAUCGAUUAUGCUUGUGGUCGUCCUCAUCAUCGUCCUCCGAGUCGCUCGACGACGCGUCCGAGCCAUCUUCCAGCCAUUUCUGCAGGUCUUCCAUGUCCACCAUCUCGUCGUCGUCCUCCUCGGCCUCGACGUACUCCACCUCGCCGACAUCGGACUCGUCCUCCAUGUCGGACUCCAACUCGACCUCGUCGUUCGAGUCGUAG